AUGGCAAACGAGCAGCAAAAAAGAAACAUUGUCAUUGUUGGUGGCGGUAUCAUCGGAGCAACCACAGCAUACUUUCUCUCACACCAUCCAAACUUCAACCGAGAAAGAGACUCAAUCACUCUCCUCGAAGCAACCAAGAUCGCCGGCGGUGCAUCCGGAAAAGCAGGCGGCCUCCUGGCCCUGUGGGCGUACCCCAGCUGCCUCGUGCCCCUAAGUUACCGGCUCCACCAAGAACUUGCCGCGAAGCACGAUGGCGCAAACCGCUGGGGCUACCGCGCCGUGCACUGCGGGCAAAUCGAAAUGUACGGUGUUCUCGCAAAGCACAAGAGCGCAAACACGACCAAACAAGAAGACUCGGUGAGCCUGCAAAAACGAACUCAACAUGCAAUCAGCUUGCUGCGCGCUGCCGGCGUCCCCAAAGACCUCGACUGGAUCGCGGCCGACGGCAUCCAGACCUACGAGGAAAUGGGGACCCCAGCUACAACAGCACAGGUCCAUCCGUUCCACUUCACCACGGCCAUGGCGCAGCUGGCCGAAGAAAAAGGCGUGCGGAUUCUCUACGGCACUGCAACUAGCAUCGACCAGGAAAACGGCAGCGUGACAUCAGUCUCGUACACGAGCAAAGACUCGUCCUCCUCCACCUCUUCCUCUUCCUCCAGCGAAGAAACAUGUAAAAUCACCGCCGACACGGUCAUUCUAACCGCCGGCCCCUGGACCCAAGCCGUGUGGAACGCGGCCCCGAUUUCCGCCAUGCGAGCGCACAGCGUCACAAUCCGGCCCUCGAGACCCGUUUCCGCAUAUGCGCUUUUCACCGCAAUCGACAUGCCACGCAGUGGCAAUAGCAAGCGCAGCGAGACAGUCACACCAGAGAUCUACGCGCGGCCCAACCAGGAAGUCUACGCGUGCGGCGAAGGCGAUUUGGUAGUGCCCUUGCCCGCGUCGACGCAUCUCGUUGAAUGCGAUGAGACGCGCUGCCAGGCUAUUGUCGACCAGGUCUCGGCUAUCUCUGAGGAGCUGCGCGAUGGACACGUCACGGCCAGACAGGCGUGUUACCUGCCCAAUGUGAGUCGUGGAGGCGGGCCUCUGGUCGGCAGGACGAGCGUAAAGGGCUUGCUCAUGGGUGCUGGGCAUACGUGUUGGGGCAUUCAGAAUGGGCCUGGCACGGGCAAGUUGCUGAGUGAAAUCGUGUUUGACGGCGAGGCGACGAGCGCCGAUAUUGCGACUUUGGAUCCGAGGAAAUUUGGCGUCUGAGAUAAUUGCUCGUGUGCAGUUAUUAGUGGACUGGUUGUAUGUAGACAGAAUCGAGC